AUGGGAAUUAAAAACUUAUCUCAAGUUAUUGCCGACAACGCCGCGUCAGCGUUGAAGCUCAACGAAAUGAAGACCUAUUUUGGCAGAAAGGUUAGAUUCGUUUUCGAAGAUUUUUUUGAAAGAUUAAGGGGAGAACGAAACGAAUGAGGGAUUCCAAGGAGUCGAUAAAUAGCUUUCAUUACUAAUUGAAAGUAGUUGCGUUUGAGGUAGCAAUCGACGCAUCCAUGUGCCUGUAUCAAUUUCUUAUCGCUGUGCGCCAAGAUGGAUCUCAAUUGCAAUCAGAAGACGGCGAAACGACGAGGUUCUUGAGCAUUAUCAGCUUCUAAUUGAAAAAAGAUCUUUCAGUCAUUUGAUGGGAAUGUUCUAUCGUACGAUUCGGAUGAUUGACAAUGGCAUCAAGGUUCUUGUUUCAAUCAAGUUUUUUUUCAUCUUUUUUUUUCAGCCCGUUUAUGUUUUCGACGGUAAGCCGCCUGACAUGAAAAGCGGGGAACUUGAAAAGAGAACCGAGAAAAGGCAAGAUUUUCUAUUUCUAGAAUAAACCUCAGUGUAAUUAUUUUUCAGAGCUGAAGCGGAGAAACAACUUGUAGAAGCUCGAGAGAAGGGAGACGCGAAAGAAGUCGACAAGUUUGAGCGGAGGCUUGUCAAGGUGUGACCCGUAGUUCACUUUUUUUUCGAAAUUGAAGUCUAUUGCUCUGGAAAGGCCAAUUUGCAGCCCUAAAACCUUCUUUCCCAUGUGGGAACAUAUAAAAUCACUUUUACUGUGAGCAGUUGAGAUACUAUCGAAUAUUGCCCGGCUUGUAAAAAUUGAAAAGAAAUAAUGGCUCAAGAAAUGGUUCGAAGCGUAAAAAACUGUAUAAUUUGAAACAAAAUGUCAAGUCCACUGAAAAAUUGAUAUCAACCGCGACGCUUCUAGCCAUUCCGCGUGCGGCCGAGAUUUUUAAGUGGGAGCUAAUCGAGUAUUCAUUGACUUUCACGAUUUUCAUUUGCACAUUUUGAUUUGAAGGUGACGAAGCAGCAGAACGAAGAAGUCAAGAAGCUACUCCAACUGAUGGGCGUUCCUUUGGUGGAAGCACCCUGCGAGGCCGAAGCACAGUGUGCAGCUCUCGUCCGUCACGGGAAGGUUGGUCUCGAAGCGAUCCUCUGAAAUAAGGAAAUCAGGUCUUCGCCACGGCUACCGAAGACAUGGACGCACUGACGUUCGGUUCGAACAUGCUCCUCAGACACAUGACCUUUUCCGAGGCUAAAAAAAUGCCCAUCAAGGUAAUCACGAUCUAGCAAUAACAAACAAACAAAUUGGAUUUCUGAUUUUAGAGCGCCAAAUUAUUAAUUUCCUAACUCGAAAAUGAUUUUUCAAGCAAAGUCAAUUUUUUUAAAAUUUUGUUUUCAUAUAAUGCAUGACCGUUUGAAACUAUAAAUUUGGGUGAAAGAAACAAAAAAGUUCAAGAAUCAAGGUACAACAUCUUUUUGUUUAAUGUUUUAUAAAAGUUUACUAGAAUAGAUUACUUGGAUAGGGUUGAAAAAAGUGAAAAAAAAAACAGUUAUUUAUGAACUCUGUUUUAGGAGUUCAAUCUGGCCAGAGUGCUUGAAGAAAUGGAAGUGACGAUGGAGCAAUUCGUCGAUUUGUGCAUUUUGCUCGGUUGCGAUUACUGUGGAACUAUUAGGGUAUGGAAGACCUUGUUUUCAAGCUCACAACAAAUUUGUUUCAGGGGAUCGGGCCGAAAAAAGCUCUCGAACUCAUCAAGCAACACAAAGAUAUUGAAACGAUUCUUGAAAAUAUCGAUCAAACGGUUAGUUUUUUCGGUACUUCAAAUGAAAAAAAAAAACUAUUUACGUAAACUAGAUGAUUAAAAUGUUCAGAAAUACCCUCCACCCGAAGACUGGCCGUAUAAACGUGCACGGGAGCUUUUCCUUCAGCCUGAUGUCGCCAAUGACGACGAUAUUACAGUUAUUAUAUAUAAUCACAUUACCAGUUUUUUUAGGGUUUUUUUAAAGUCUGCAUGAAAGGGGUAAAAAGUAUUUCUUAUAACGUCAAAAAAUCAAGCUACUGCCAAAGUAGAGUGUUUUGGCGUGUUCUUGCAAUUCUGCUUAUGAAAUUAAAUGUGUUUAAAAGAUGGUAGGAAGGAAUUUUGGGUUCCCGAAUAUUUGUGAGCGUUAAUUGUGCAUACACCAAUCUUGGAGGCUCGAAUCUUUGAAAUUUUGAAUUUUUGCAAACGGUUCUUGGGAAUAUUCCCCUCUUUUUUAAAUUUCCUUCUUUUUUUUCCUACAUUUUUUUUUCUUUGUCGUUUUAUUGUGAAGUUGCCGUGUUUAGACCACAAAUGAACACUGUAUGAUUUUUUUCAACUAACUUUUUUUAUCAAAUAAUGCGUCUUUCUCGCAUACACGUAGUCAAUUAUUCGCUGCAGAACGGCUCCCACAUUUUUCAUUCACUCUGUAAAUAUUCUCCAUCAACUUCUGUUAACAAAAACAUUGGAAAAAUUAUAAAAAAUCAGAAAAGAGGUGAAUAUUCCCAAGAAUCGUUUGCAAAGAUUCAAGUUUUCAUAGGCUCGAGCCUCCAAGAUUGGUGUAUGCACAAUUAACGCUCACGAAUAUUCGGGAACCCAAAAUUCCUUCCUACCAUCGUUUAAAAACUUUCCUGAAUAUAUUUUUUGCAAAAAGUGUGGGUUUUGUAUUGAUAGUAGAAGUUAUAACUUUUUUUCGCACGUAUAUUUAACCUUUCUAUCUCUAACUGUAGAACAGUGAACUUAUCCAUUUUCCGUUCAAUAUGUUUUCUUUCAGCUGAAUUGGAAAGAGCCCGAUGUUGAGGGAAUCGUGGAGUUCAUGUGCGGCGAGAAGAAUUUCAAGUUAGUUGAUCGAUUUUUUCUUGAGCAGUUCGAAAUAAUUUUCCAGUGAGGAUCGAAUCCGAUCAUCGCUGUCGCGGAUGCAGAAAAGUCGCAACGCCGGAACUCAGGUUUCUUUUUUUUUGGGGAAAAUUUUGUGUAACGCGAGAAAGUGGAUAAAAUAGCAUAAAAUAUUCUUAAGUUAGCUAUGAGUGUGGUUUUCUAUAAAAGCGAGUAGGAAAUUGCUGAGAAUCGUAGAUGAUUGGGAGAUAAAGACAUUAAUGUCAGCUCAGACAAGAAAUUAAAGAAAGCAACGCGAUUGUUACUGUUCACAAUCCUUGAAAUUCAGAGGCUUUGAGACUUUUCUUCCAUCGUGUAAUGCGGUAGUAUAAUUGAGAAAAAAGAAUACAUAACUUUUUUCUGAAUGAUUGUUUUGAAAUAAAUCAACUGACAGAGGAUUUCUCUCUUUUGAGGUUACGGCUUAUGAAGCUCAAGUUCUUCUCAUAAUUUAUCGUAGGAUAAUAUUAGAAAUGAAAUUAAAGACUGAAAUUUCUCGAACUUUCUAUUGUUUUUAAACAUUGGAUUCUCCGAUUGAGACGGGUUUUUCUAUUCAAAAGUGAGAUUCUAGUGUUUGUUUAAUAUCUCCAAUUUACAAUUUUAGGGUCGAAUUGAUUCGUUCUUCACGGUUUCGGCACAAGUAAAGUGUACGACAGCGGCGAAAAGGAAAGCGGCCGAGGAGAAGGAAAAAGCCAAAAAAGGAGCCGCGAAGGGAAAGGCCGGCGGACCGCCUGCCAAACGAAGACCCAAGUGA